UUUAAGGUUUCGAUGCUUCAACAUUAGGGCGUUACAGACCUUCUAUUCCAACUUAGAAUUUGAAAUGUCUUCUGCUGAAAGCAACUGAGACCAAUCAAUCGUUAAAAAAUUAUAUCAAUAACUUUUAAUAUUAGAACAAAAAAAAGAAAGAAACAAAAGUAUUGUUGCUUAGAAGAAGAGAAGGUGCAAGGUCUGUGGAAGAAGCUCAGCUGCAGGUGUUUUAAACUGGGUCACAAAUUGCAGCGGGGAGGACUGGCAGCUGAAAACACCAGUAAAUACAUGCUGCUGUGACUGGUUCCAAAAAAAAAAAAAGUUUGUGAAAGUGGCCUGACGUCACACUCUCACAAUGCUUACCGCCCCAUAACUUCGCAGCAGCCUGCGAGGCAGAGCCAGGCAUACUCUCGGGCCUCGGAGACAGAGCCGACCCAGUAGCGGAUGAUAAAAGUCUCGGACGCGCGGAUCAAACGGGAGAAAACGGGAAGCGUGGGAGCGGCGGGACGAAGGAACCGCUGCGGCUGGACUGUACUCCGGACCGGAGGUGGAGAGUGGGUGGGAGGGGGGCAGAAAUGGAAGCAGAAGCUCACCGGGACUCCAUGUGAAUUUGACUAAUGCGGUGCUGGAAAGUUUUCGGACAGUAAAGAUGCAGAGCAGUAUUUCCCACUCACCGCCAGCCGUAGCUGUUGGCACUGGGUGAGGGGUAGAGAAGCCAAACGAGAGGAGGAGUAACCAAGGUGGAGACAUAAGGUGGGAAGUUCACAGACAGAAGAACUAACCAGUCGCUAUAAACCAGACGCAACCUUUGAACCGCCGAUCAGCUUUCGCUUCUCCCCAACACCUUCCAACGUUGAGCCUGCGAGGCAGGGGAACCGCACGUGACUUUCAUGGCAGCGGCACUCUAGGGCUGCCAUGGCAGCUGCUGCCGCCGAUGCCUCACACUGUAUUACCGCACUGACGCCGGAGGAAGAGGGACGACGCACUGCCGCCAAGCUGUUUGGGAGCGCCGCCCCGCUGCCACGGACGGAGAGAGAGCGAGAUCGGGGGAAAGAGAGGGAAGAGGAAGGAGAGCAGGUAGGAAGAGCAAGUGGGAACGAGUGCCUGGUGUGCGGGGCCCUGUUUGUCACACAGGAGAAGCUCCGGCUCCACACUUCGAGUCACACCGGAGAGAAGCCUUUCCACUGCUCACAGCCACACUGUCCCAAGGCCUUCAGCUCCAAGUACAAACUCUUCAGGCAUAUGGCCACACACUCUCCGCAGAAGACCCAUCAGUGUUCGUUUUGUGAAAAAAUGUUCCACCGCAAAGACCACCUGAAGAACCACCUGCAGACCCAUGACCCCAACAAAGAGGCCUUCAAGUGUGAGGAGUGUGGGAAGCACUACAAUACCAAGCUGGGAUACAAGCGCCAUGUGGCCAUGCACUCGGCUACUGCAGGGGAUUUAACCUGCAAAGUGUGCAUGCAGAAUUACGAAAGCACACCUGUUCUCCUGGAGCACCUGAAGAGCCACUCGGGGAAGUCUUCCGGUGGUGCCAAGGAGAAAAAACACCCCUGCGACCACUGUGACCGACGUUUCUACACCAGGAAAGAUGUGAGACGACACAUGGUGGUCCAUACAGGGCGAAAAGACUUUCUGUGCCAGUACUGUGCCCAGCGCUUUGGCAGGAAAGACCAUCUGACACGGCAUGUGAAGAAGAGCCACUCACAGGAGCUGCUGAAGAUUAAGACGGAGCCUCCGGAUAUGCUAGGCCUGUUGACGACAGGAUCUCCACCGUGCUCAGUAAAGGAGGAACUCAGCCCUAUGAUGUGCGGCAUGGGGCCCAACAAAGACCCCAUGAUGGGAAAAUCAUUCCCUAGCGGGGCACCGUUUCCCAUGAGCAUGUAUAACCCUCACCAUCUCCAGGCCAUGUCUAAUUCUGGUGUGGGUCCUCCACAUCCUUCCCUAAUGCCCAAUUCCUUGUCUGCAGCUAUGAGCAUGGGCUGUCAUAUGGAAUCCACCGCAUCUAUUCAUCCACACUCCCAUCACCACCACCACCACCACCACCAUCACCAUCAUCACCAUUCCCCUCCAACGCCCCCGCAUCACCAGCCUGCGGCUCCCCAGCAGCAGCACCAGCCCCAGUCGGCACCCAAAUACCAGCUGGGAUCUACCUCAUACCUGCUGGACAAGCCCUUGAAAGUAGAGAUGGAGAGUUUUCUCAUGGAUCUGCAGAGUGGUCUACCAGGCCCGGUUCCCUCUGCAGAGCCCCAUGCUGCUGCCUCACCCCCCAAGGACGGAUUGGAGCCCACUUCAGGCUUGGCCGAUGACCUUUGCGGGGAUCCCCUCCUGUCCAAGAGCCCUGCAGUGAUCGCUGAGUCUCUGUGUGCUGCUAACAUGGAUUUUUCCCACCUGCUGGGUUUCCUGCCCCUAAACCUUCCUCCCUACAGUGCCCCCAUGAGCACAGGAGGACUGGUUAUGGGGUACACCUCAUCUGUGACCUCCUCCACUUCUUCCUCUUCCUCUUCAUCUCUGCACGCCGCCGAGCCCCAUGCCGCUGCAGUUGCCGCGGCAGCAGCCGCCGUCGCCACGGCACCUCUUACCUCUUUGCAACCGCAACCUCAGGAGCAGCAGAGCUCCAGCGGGGGUCUAGGCCUUGGAUCCCUGCACCCCCUUCCUCCAGUGUUCAGCUCCAGCCUUAGUAACACCACGUUGCCUCGCUUUCACCAGGCCUUUCAGUGACAGAGGCAGCCUCUUCCCUGCCAAGGCGGCCUCCUCCACACCAGCACAAGCUCAGCUUGGAUAUUUCAGGUCUCCAUGAACAAGGCCUGAUGGGGAAAGUUGGAGAAUUAAGUUUAAAAAUAAAUAUGUAAAUGAACACUUAGAAGCCUUAAAUGAAAGUGCGCACAAAAGCUUUUGAUUGAGCCUUAAAAGGAAGUUGAAACCCCUUUGAGCAAAAAAAGGAAAACAUAAGAAAAGAAGUUGAAGCAGCUUUUAUUUGGGCUUUUUUCCCCCCUUAUCCUAUAGAUAUAACAAUGUAUUAACCCAUGCUUUUUUUGUUUUUCAUUUACUUCCCCUUUUUAGUAGAAUAGAGGGCAGGAUCAGUAGGCCUAAAGGCGUGGUACUGCAUACUUAAAGUAAUAAUAUAAAAGGAAAAAAAAAAAAAAACAAAGAUAAUUUUUAGUGGAGAUUAUCUGUCUUGUUGUGACCCAGAAAAAUAUAGUUUGAAGUGGAAAUUUUGUUUUUACUUUACUGUUCUUUCCCCGCCCCCCCAAAUGUAAGAACAUGGUAGGAUGUUUCAUAUGUUGAGUUUUGAACCACCUGUGCCAAUACUCUGAAUCAUCUUGAUUAAUUCGGAGAGGAGAGAGCUCAGUGGGGGAAAGAGAUGAACGGUAGUUUCUUCCAUGAGGUGACUUAACCGGACCCGCAAAACAACCCCAACCUCCAAAGAAAGUACUCUUCAAAUAAUACAAAAAUGACCCGUGAAUUAGUCUGAUUUAGGAGCAAAACACGAAAGAAAUGCGUAAGAAAUUAUGAACUUUACCACAACUUACUUUGUUGUCGUUUCUCAAGAAAAGCACUUUUUUGUUUAACAGAAGGCACUUCGCUUCUCGUCUCCUCCCUCGUACUUUCGUAAGAAAGCCUCUUUGUGCUGGCUAGAAAUAAAUACGAAGAGCUCUGUGAAACUCCACUUAUUCAGAAGUUGACACGUUCGGUUUACAAAACUGCGUAAACCGUAAACCAGGAGAGCAAAUUUUUUAUGCACUCUAUUUCUAAGGUCUGCAAGAAUCAAGAGACAGAACAAUGUUAGUUCUUCCCAAGUCAGUUUUGUAGUUUGCGAAAAAUCCAUGCAUAAUUUCCAUACUGGAAUGACAGCUUUUCUGCAUUAACAGCGCCAUAUUGAUAUCUCUACGAAUCACACAAUGGAUGUGUCCAGAUUCAGGGGCUGCGUCCGUCAAAGGCCGCACUUGAAGUCCGAUUACAUCUGAAAGAUGUGGCGAAGACUGUCCAAACUCAAAGUCUCCAGAUUUGAAGGACGGGCCCGGCGAGUCCUUCGCAGCCCACCCAAUCCCAAGAUUCAUUGUCCUAACAAUGGUGGCCUUAGCAGGAAAUGAGAGUGGGAGAGGAAUACGGUUUUAAAUGCAUUGAAAUCUGGUGGUAGAAAAAUUAGAAGCCUAAAGCAGUUGUAUUAUUAAGCUUUUGUCAUUUGCGUUGUUUUUAAUAUUUUGGUUUAAAAAAAAAAGAAGAAUAGAAAAUUAAUUUGAUAAUUUAAUUAAUAAAAAGGACAAAAGAGGUAAUAAAAACGCAAGAUUUAUUUUUGCUAGCUUGUGUUUAGCCCUGUCACUGUUCCUAAGUGACAUCGCACACACAGAGGGACAGGCAGCGAUAAAUCUGACGGCUGGAGCAUCCAGCUCCACGUUUACGUUCCCGGUAAACGAAGGACCCAGCUUACGUUGACUUGUAAGACUUUCGGAGGACGCAGUCCCUGAAUUUGGAUACCACCAACAGGCGGCACACAGGUAGAAAACUUCCGGUCCGUGUUUGAGACGAAAAUGAACUUUGACAACUCCAGAGCCGGGGCUGGCAGACAUAAUCCACACAGGGAGGGAAAACUCUGGAUGACGGUGCGUAGGACUCCCUUCCCUUCUUCCUCCUCGCAGUUACCUUUAAAAGUUUCCGUUAUCGUUUUUUUUUUCUUGACGCAUUCUCUUGGCUGCCUUACAUAUCUUUUCUUAAGAUACGUAUGUCUAUUUUUUUUUUUUUUUUUAUUAAAUACUCCAAACUCAUCUUUUAGGCAGUCUUUAAAAAAGAUGCAUCAUCAAGGUGAAUGAUGAACCCUGGGAUAUGUGAAUGGAUGAAAAGAACAAAGGAAAUCAGUUGCCGAUAAGUAAAAAUGUUUUUAAGAAUGUUGUUGCAGUGUACGAAAUAUCUCAAAAAUAAAUAUCGAAAUUGCUUUUAAUGUGUAUUUUAGGUAGAUGUAUUAAAACUAAGUGACAAUGUUUUUAAUGUCUUGCAGGUUUACAGUUGUUUGUAUCUUGCUUUUUUUUUUCUUUUUUUUUUUUUGAGUAAGAAAAAGAUGAAGUAUUUUCUUUGUCCCUCAAGCUUUCUCUGUCGUAUCCGACCGUUACUUGUUGUACUUGAGUCGGAGAAGAAGAAUCCAAACUUUGGAUGGGAAUUAUUUGUAGGAGGCUGCUAGUGGUUUAGUUGUCAGCUAGUAUUUCAUCUAGCUAUAGAUUGUGUUGUAGGGAUGCUUACAUGGAUGGCAUUUAAGUAUUUCAAACUGCAGGCCUUGGUGUUCUAACCUUAAACCAAGAGCUUAUAAAAAAGAAAAUCUUAGUCCAAAGUUCACUUAAAGCCUGAAAAUCCAAUUUUCAAAAUUCCUUUCAGAUUUAGUUCCAUCUGUUGUAAAUCUCUUAUAGUGUGGUCACUGUGGCUCCUUGGCUUGAGAUGUUUCAAAAAAAACAAAAAAAAAUCUCAUAGUAAAUUUAAAUUCCUUCUAAAUCUGUUUUAUCUUCUUAUUUUCAACAUUAUAGCAUGUUAUUGACAUUUCUCUUGUUGUAGCAGCUAUAGUUAACUGUAUGUAGCUGUUGCUAACAUACAGAUCUAUUGCUACUUACUAUAUAAACUUAUUAUGUCCAGUAUUAAUUUUUUUUUUCUUAUAGUACCGGGCUACUCCAUAUACAAUUUCUCCUUGACAUAUAUUUUUUAAAUAACUAUACAGGUAUUUUGCUCACCAUAUGAAGCUUUUACAAACUAUGCAGGCAUUGCUAGCCGUAUGGAGCUAAAGACCUUUUGAUUUCUUACUUAGUACCUCUUUAGUUUUUUCUUACCAUUCAGUUUUUGUAUUUAUUUUGUUUUGCUUUCUAACCAUACAGAUCUACUGCUUACCAUUCAGAACUUUUAUCUACCUUUUUGGCAUAUUACAAAAACCCAUAUAGAAUUUUUUUCCUUCCCUAUAAACUUUUGGUUAACAUGCAAAGUUUUUCAUUUACUCUCUUAUUAAUUUUUUUUGGUCUCUUUCACCUGUAGAAAGGUUUUUGUUUCCAAACUGGACUUUUUCUUAACGUAUGAAACGGUUUUUUUUUUUGACAGUAUCUAAAGAGUUACAUCUAAUUUUUCAAAGUAAGAUUUUGUGAGACUCCAGAUAAAAUACAUUGAGGUAAAAAUGACUUUUAAAAGAAAGACAGCAUGUUGUUCACAGUGACCACAUUAUAGAGAACUGCAUCACACUUAUAUAAACGAAACGUAUCUUUUUUGUUGUUGUUGCUGUUCUGUUCCUGAAACGACAGAAAAAUCUGAAUAUUCAUCUCACUCCUUCGUAACAUCUUAUUUCAUCCAUAAAUAUUGUUACAAUUUUACACCAACUCUCUUUAUGUUUAGUAAGGUCUGGGCAUCAGGUGAGCCCUAUCUGGAAAAAAACAAAUAACAAAAGAAAAAAAAAAAAAAAGAAGAAACAUAAUCCAAAACCAUAGCACAUAAGCAUUGAAGCUAAAUCUCAUAUUGCUGCUUUAGCCACGGUUGGUGAUGUCUGACAACUGUAGACCACUAGAACAUUUUGAAAGCUGACUUUUUUUUUUUUCCCCCCUGCAACGUAGACAGUGAGCCAAACCAACAAAGUGUUCAUCAGCCCCACCACUUCGUUACUCCUCUCCUCCUCCUCUCUUUUUUUAAUUUUUAAUUUUUUAGCUGCUUCGUAGAGUAAAAGGGUCUGAAAACACGGCGACUCCAGGAGAACGCAGUCAUGGAACCGCCUGGGCUUUGACAUUCAAAGCAACAGGAAGGUGCUAAGAGACUGACUGUACAACUUGGGGGAAAUUACUUAUAGUUAUGUAUUUGUUUUUUUUUUUGUUUUGUUUUGUUCUUUUUUUUCAUGAUAUAUUAUUUUCUGUUUGUAUAAAACAGGACCUCGAGAAAAAAAAAAAGACACAACACAUCACCUCAUUUUUAUUUGUUUAUUUUCUUACCAAAACCUUGGGAGAAGAAACUACAUCUUUGCACAAUAGCUUAUUGGGAAAUCUUCACUUUUUUUUUUUUUUUGUUGUUUUUUUUUUGUUUGUGCUGUAGGUAAAAAAGGAACCCUGACAGUGGGUCGCUGACGGCCCGGUGCGCUGGAAAAGCUCACUCGAUAGAUAAUUCUGACCGAGCGAUGGUGUCUGAAGGUUUAAAACUAACGCAGCUUCACGUUGUCGUCAAAGUUACACUUUUCUAUUCCAAUAUCAAUGUAAAAUUACACAAGUUACGAGAUUAAAUCAUUAUUUUUUUUAUGAUUGAUCAAACUUCCUAAGGAUCCUGUAUGAAUAGCUGUCGGCACCUUCCGUAGAAUUUCUAUUGUAAACCGAAGAUUAAAAUUAGAUUUUUAUUUAUUUUUUUUUUUUUAAUUUUAUUUUUUUCUUUUGUAAGAGUUUUAAGACUUCUUAAAGAAAAACUCUUGUGGGUUAAGCCAAAUUUGUAGCAGUCCCAUUGAGCAUUUAUAUUUUUGGAACAAAUUUCUCAUUUUGUCCCUAAAUGAAAGGAAAGAAGAAGAAAAAAAAGCUUUCAGUGUGCAUUAAGUUUGUCCUCCCUGGGUUUCUGUGAGCUAAUCUGAAUUCUAGCACUUUCAACUUUAAAAAAAAAGAGUAUUUGUUUUCUUUUAAAGUUUCAGCUUAUAUGUUCAUAUGUUUUUUAAUUUUGUAUUGAUCCUGUAUAUGUAUGUGCCAUUAGUUUGAUGUUUAAACUUUAUCAGGAUUUGUGUAUGUCUCUUCUCCAAAAGAAUAACAGUAUUUUUGAUAUACGUUUCACUAAUAUCCCUCUACAGAAGAGCUCCCCGCUCCCUUUCUCCUCGUUCCCUUGUUGCUUUUGACUUAACCAGCUUCGCCUGUCCUUUUUCAAAAGUGUAUCUAGUCAAACUGCAGCCAAGCAUUUGAAGAAAACAGCAGCAACAGCAGCACGUCUGUUUCUCAGAGGCGACGGUGAACAGAGCUGCUGUCAGCAGAGCGUCAAAAUCCACAGCCAGUCGCAGCGCGUGGAUCCUGCUGCAGCAAAAACCGCAAAAAGACGUCUUCGCUGCACCAGGAUCAGGGCCGUUGUAGACGGAAAAGAGAAGUGGAGUAAAUUUCUGCCCAAAAAAAUCAGAUAUUUUGAGAUUAAUCUAAAAGAUUUUCUAGACAAAAAAAUUUGGACAUUUCUGAGCAGAAAGUUGGACGUUUGCUAGAAAAAAAAAAAAACUCAGAAAUUUUCUUGAAACAAAUGUGGACUUUUCUGAGCUUGAACUGUCAAAAAAAAAAAUAUAUACAUUUCCGAAGAAAUUCAGAAAUUUUUCAGGAAAAAAGUAGGACAUUUCUGAGUUUGACGCAUCAAAAAUGUGCCAGAGAAAACUCCAGAAUAUUGAGAUUCAUCUCAGAAUAGUUUUUUUUUUUUUUUUAGACAAAACUUGGAAAUUUCUGGGUUUUGAAAAUUAAAACAUUUUGACUUUUGGAGAAAAUUUUUGGAAGUUUCUAUCUCAAAAUUUCUUCUUUUUUAUCUUUAAAAUGUUGAUUUUUCAGACUUUCCAUGAGAUUAAUCUCUUAAUUUCAGUUUUUAUUUUAGUGAGAAUUUGUUCCUUUUUUUUUUCUGUCUACAAAUGGCUUUAGUCAAACUGUGGUACCUACUGGCCGUUUUCACAACAUAGCUGGAAAAAUCAGUCACCCCUGCUAUGAAGCACUUAUGGUCUUUUUCAUAGAGCCACAACGUUUUUAUUUUAUUUAUUUUUUAAUAGUACAGCUCGUUAAAAAGUCCUGUUGAAGAGCAGCGUUCAGGUGUUUCAGGGGCUUCAGUCACAAACCUGUAAUUAUCGGUGGGUUUGAAUCUGAUAUGAUGUUGAUGUCUGUUUAGUGACAAGAUUUUGAGAAUUUUUCUAAAUCUAGUAUGGAAAAGUAAAAAAUAAAAAAAUGCAGGAGUUGAAACUAAAACCGCUACAGGAAUAAGAAAGAAGAUUAAAAAUCCAGGAUGGGGGGAAAAGAUUACAGAAAAAGUAAUAAUCUGAUACAUUGCACUUUUAAUUCAUUAAAACCACAUUAGUCAUGUUUAUCAUUAUUGAAAUUUUGCCAUACAUAAAUAUGAAAAAUAUUAUCCACUAGUGCUGGGUAUUUAGUGUAUCAUUUAUCAUGAAAAUUUUCUUAGAAUAAUUUUGGUUUGUCGUCACCAUUAAUUGAUUUCUGCCCCAUGCAGUCACAGCUAAUGUAGCUCCCAACAAAUAGAUGAAACAGGUUUUAUUGCUUUUGUUAUUAUUGUCACAUGAUAAAUUUGUCGCUCAUCCUUUAUUAUUUGUUAAGCAUCUUGUCAACUCGGCAGAAUGGGAAAUCGUUGGCAUGAAGACUUACAAAUUUGCUUGAGGUCAUAAAAAUGUUUUCUGAAUACACAGGCUGUCUAAUCGGUUUAUGGCUGAUUAAGCUGACGGUAAAAUUGUAAUUAUUUGCAGGAGGCCACUGCCGUUCAAUGUGAUCACAACUAAACAGUUCAGGAAGUGAAAAAAAACAACAACAUGCCAUUCAGGAAGUUAAGAGGAGUUUGAUACGAGUAAUUUUGGUAUUGUUACAGAAAUAAUUAUAUAGAAAUAAUAAUAAUGAAUAUAGAAUGUCUACCUAUCCAGUAGGUAAAAAUUGUGAGCAUUUAUGAUGUAGACCUUUGGGAGGGAAAAUGAUCAUUUUUGACGGCUGUAGUGUCUUUUUUUUUUGUCUAAAUUUUCGACAUUUUUCCAGUGUGCGGCUUCUGUAGCUUCUGUUGAACAAAAAGCUGAGACACAGACACUUCUGAAGCACCGCGCUCUGACAGAGAUGUUGCGCUGGUCAUCCGCUUGGCUGCAGCUCCAAUACCUCAGCCUGCACCUACUAGGGAUGCACUUAUCCUCUCUCUCUUUCCUUUUUACUGGUAGGUGCAGUGCAGACAUUUUAAGGGAAUUAUUUCCAUCAUUGUAAACCUGAGAAAUUGCUGAUAUUGACCUGGGUAAUGUCUAGAUUUAUAUAUUUUUUAGCUAAAAUGUAAGUCGUGCAUUCCAUCCUCUUUGUGUAUCUUGGUAGGUGACAUAGCCCAUUUUUAUUUUUUUACAAGCAACUACAGCCACCUUUUGGAAUAAACUAAAAAAGGUGAACAAUAACAAGCUACUUGCAUCCUCUCACACUAUGUUACAUAGCAUGGAGCUUAUCGACUACAGGGAGAGUUCAAGGAUCCACAUCAGGAGUCUUCCUUUUUAACAUAUCUCAUCUAAUCAGUUGCUGCAAUUUCUUAGUGACAGAUGAAUAUUGGUUGAUCCAAAGAGAUGAACACAACAGCAGAAAUAUUGACUUAUUGUACAGUACAGUGUAUCUUUGACUUCUCAUGUGUUAUGUUGAAAUAAUUAAAAGACAAACCAGUGGUUUCAUACCC